CACCAGGGCAGGACCGCAGCAUCCCGGAGCUGCCAGCCCCUUCCACCCAAAUUACGCAGUUUUUUUUUCCUUUAUUCCUGCCCUUCCUCUUUUUCAAAGAGAGCAUAAAUAGAAGAUCCACCUUGUGGAUGUGGCAGCCAAAACACCUCCGAUGGGGAGAAAGUGACGGACCGAGCGGAUUUCUUUCCUUUUCACAGGAUUCUCCCUUUUAAUUCGCGUCGGGAUUUCUUCACGAAUAUUCGCAAAAUCAACCCCGGACCACGCGUAACAGCUGGAAUUGUUUUUUUUCUUGGAAUAUAUAGCGCAUAAAUCACGCAUCCUGUUUUCCCCCCCAGUAAAAAAGCUCGGAGAUCGAUUAAGAACCACCCAGGACCUUUCACUUUUUCUUCCGGAGGCGCAACGUCGACAGCCCGAAGCGCACUUGGCGGUGCGCAAUUCUUCUUAUUCUGCUUUUGCGCCGCUUUGCCCUCCGCUCCGAUCGGCAGUCGCGCCGUGAAAAGAGUCAAAAAAAAAAAACAACAAGAAAAAAAAGUGAAGUGUUGGAUUUAAAUCGACAAGAAGAAGAGGAUAAAGUUGACACUGCUGGAUUGGAGCAGAAUGAAGGUUUUCUAAUUGGGAGCAGUCGCCGCUUCCUCGGUGCUACAAACCUGCAUGGAGCUCUAGUCUGCACUUCGGAGCAAUUUAUGGUUGGCCGCAGAACUCCCCCGGCUGUCGUACCGUGCCCACCUCGCCAUGCUGGCCUGUCUGCAGAGGAGGCAGAACCCUCCACCCCAACACCCGGUGUGCGUCAGCAAAAGCCUGGAGCCACCGCAAUCCCUCGGACGCAAAUGUGAGCUGGCGGUGCCCACACAUUCCCCCCGCUACCCCACCGCGGCGGAACUCGACACCUACGCUCAGAAGACGGCCAACAGCCCUCUGUCUAUCAAGAUCUUCCCCACCAACAUCAGGGUUCCCCAGCACAAGCACCUUAACCGGACUGUGAACGGAUACGACACCACAGGCCAGCGCUACAGCCCCUACCCACACUUCCACACUGGGGGCUACCACGGCUUGCUCGCCAUUGUCAAGUCCUCUUCCUCCUCGUCAUUAUCAUCCACUUUUGUCCCAUCUAAAGGUGUUCUUAAAAACUCGGAAGGCAGACGGACUAAAUUGUCUCCAGCCCACAUUGCGGUCGCUCCUUACCCACCCAGUAGUAGCACUUUAAUCAAUGGUCCCAGUCAGAUGGGGUACCACACGGGGCCCACUAAGCCUCCAGAGGGACCCGGGCUGUCAGUCCCCCCAAACGUCACUGUAGCUGGCUCGGUGAUUCCUGUUGCGGGUGGGCGUGGCCUAGCCCUCCCGGCGCAGUCCAACCUCCCGUCUAUCCAGAGCAUCAUUUACCAGAUCAACCAGCAUUGCCAAGCCCAGGCUUUGCAGCAGGUGUGUCAGGGGGCACCACCUUCCAAUUCCAGCCCCUCCAAGCAGGGCACAACAGUCAUGGGGGUCUCCUCCAGCUCCUCAGGUGGAGGUUAUGUCGUGGGAAUGGGCCCACAGCCCAACAUGGUGUACACAGGUCCGGCGAUGCUGCCUCAGAACGCGGAGGGGCUGAAGAACGGGGUGUACGCGGACAGCAUGGACUACAUCCUCUGGCAGAAGCAGCAGCAACAUCAUCAGCAUCAGCAGCAACAGGCCAUGUUGAGAAUGUACAGCGGGGGCAGCGGAGGGGGCGGAGCUAUCAGCAAGUCCCCUGAAAGCUGCAUUCAGGUCGGCGGAAUCAUGGCGGGGCAAGUCUCCUCAUCCUCGUCCAGACCCUACCACAUGACGGCAAGUGCCAGCGGCGGAGGCGGAAUGGACAAAGUCAGCUCCUCGCCUUUGAACUGCGUGGGCAUGCACGGGAAUUUUUCAGUGGGUCAGUACUUCGCCCCGCCGUGGAACAGUGUCCUGGUGACACCCGACAGUGACUGCUACAACCCCCAGGAGCUUCUAGCCAGCUCCACGGGCGGGUCGGUCACAGGGCACAGAGAAGUGGGCUACCCGCACCAUCCCUAUCACCACCACCACCCCCAUCACCCCGCCAUCGACAGCGGCGGGCGCCUGUGCUGCAGCCUGCCCAGCAAGGGCAUGUGCAACACGGCCGUGCUGAGCAGCAGCUUGCAGUCUCUGGAAUACCUGAUUAACGACAUCCACCCACCCUGCAUAAAGGAGCAGAUGCUUGGCAAAGGCUACGAGACGGUGUCGGUGCCGCGCCUGCUCGACCACCAGCACGCACACAUCCGCCUCCCCGUUUACAGAUAGAGAAUCACAGGAAUCAAGCAGUGAAUUUGUGAAGAAAAAAAGGGAGCGCGUGCGGAUUUGCUUUAAGAGGUGCUGCUGCGUGACCUGAUCUUUGGUGGCGUGAGUCCUGGAAAAAAGAGCAAGUGGGACAAUAAAGGGAUUUCAAGAUGAUCCAUUGUGUGGUUUGCCAACAGGAAUUUUGGAUUGUUUUUUUGGUUUCUUUUUUUGAUGUUUUUACUUGCCUGAACUUUUCUCUCUUUUUGUUUUUCUGAUGGAAUCAUAGCUUGUCAUGAAGUGAAUAAGCCACUUGUCCACCCCCACCCCACCUUACAAAUACUAAGGAUGAAGCUACUGUGUAGGUUGUCACUGAAAUAAACGGUCUUAAAGGACUCAAGAUUAGGGCUGCUCACAACAUCCAAAACCCGUAAGCAGACGCUUGCAAAUGGAUUAAAUUAUAGGCAGGACUCUAGCGUUCAAUAAUGAAGUCGGAUUAGCAAAAAGAUAUUACAUUAUUAUUGAUUAUUGCUGUUGUAAUUGAUACAUAAAUUGCACUGCUUGAAUCUUGUUUGGAAUUGGGUAGUUUGGAUAUAUUUAAGAAACUUGAAAAAACUUGAACCUAUUUUAUGUUGUUUUAUAGAUUUGUAGGUAUAUUAUUAUAUGCAUUGGCUGCUAUGGGGAAAAGUGUCUCUUAUGCUUUUUGUUUCCACUCGGUUUUUAUGAUUUUUAAUAUUCCUCUUAAAGCUAAUUUGCAGUUUCUUAUGUCCUAAUUUGGGGCAUAGUCGCUGCUUCUGUUCUGUAAGGACUUUAUUUAUAAGGACUUACCUGAGGGAGCUGGUUUGUCUAACCAACACUGGAAUCGACAAAAACGAAGGAGUAAUGGGGCGCACUGAAGAAAAUUGAAAUAAUACAUAACUUACCAAAUGAAUCCAUAAUGAGGAGAUUUUUAUUUCAAGAAAACCAGAGAAAAUUUGUAAAAUUAUUUUUUUAAUUUUUAUUAUUAACCUGUCCUGUCCAGCCGUAUUGGGAAAUAAUAUUGUUGAUCGAGAUGCCCGUAUCUGCUGUACAGAUUUACUGUAGGCCUACUUUACAAAAUAUAAAUGUGAGGUACUGCUUUGUGUUUAACUUUAAUAAAUAUUUAAAUAUAUAUAGUAUUUGGCGAUGAGGCGGCAACUUGUCCAUGUUGUACACUGCUUUCCGCCCGAGUGCAGCUGGGAUAGGCUCCAGCACCCCCGCGACCCCGAGAGGGACAAGCGGUAGAAAAUGGAUGGAUGGAUGGCAUGGAUAGUGUUUGGCACAUCCAGAACAACAACAGAACUACAUCAGCAGAUACAAUAUAUACAAAUACGAUACCAGUAUUUAUACAAAAAAACUGAUUAGGGUAUUAGAAAGUAAUGAAUAUGGAUGGAUGGACUCAGUAUUAAUGAACAUUUUUACAUUACAAUUGAAACAAUAAUAUUAUCUAUACAAUAUUACUAUUAUAAAAGCAUACCUUCAUUAAUGUUGAGGCUCUUGUCAAGUUACGCUUUGGGCGCCAGGUCGUCGAGAAACCGUAUGGUUGGCAGAUUUAUCCCAGCUUCCUCCAACCCGGUUAAUGCCGUCGUCUGGUUUAGCAGGACGUGUAACCCACCUUGCCUCAAGUGCAAGAAAUUAUGUGAACAAAUGUUUGUCAGAGAUCAACAGUAGCCACAUUUCCAUCAGUCUACCCCAGGGGUGUCCAAAGUGCAGCCCAUGGGCCAUUUGCGGCCCGCAGCUAAUAUUAUCACGGCCAGCGGCACAUUAAAGAAAUAUAUCAAAAAGUGGAAUGACAGAAGAGAAAGUGAAGGUGCAGAAAAACAAGGAAUCCAACAGGAAGUAGAACCAAAAUAGUAGCACCAGGACAGAAAAAAAGAACACGCAGGAAAAGCGAACAAAGGCAAAACUGUCAUAUGGGAUCAUGACAUGUCGACGCUAAUAACACAAAGCUGACAUGCAGGCUGUUUUUUUAAUUAAAUGUUAUUUUAUUUUUUAAUCAAAAUAUUAUACUAGUUUUGAAAGUGAAAAAUAUCAAAAUGGCCCCUGCAUCCUUUUAUUUUUUCAGUCCGGUGCUCUGAGUAAAAAACAUUUUAGACCCCAUGGCGGCUCUGGCUAGAGCUGGAGUUUACCGCCAUCAUAAAUGUGUUACUGUAUAACAGGUACUCAGUCUAAAGCGCUGGUCUAGAAAGACGCUAUAUAAAUCCAUAAUACUAUUAUUUUUAUUUUCAUUAUAGUACAGCGGGACCUCGGUCUUAGGUAUUAAUCUGUUCUAAAGAGAAUGUCGGAAAGCAAAUUGCACGAAAAUCAAAAUUAUUUCAAUAAUAAACAAUGUAAAUCCAAUUAAUUUGUUCCAGACACCCAUCCAGCCAUUAGGAUGGUUUGUAAGAUGGAGCCUAUUCCAGCUGACACCUUAGACUAGUCGCCAGUCAAUCAAUCGUAGGGCGUUCCAGACACUCAAAAAUGUUUUAUAGAAAAUAUAUGAAUGACAAAUUAUAUGGAUAAAAAUAACAUUUAUCAUCACUUUUACAUUUAUGGAAGGGCUCUCUUUGACUAUCACUGUUCUGGCUGUAUGGUGGAUUAUUUUGCAGCUGUAUACUCAAUAACAGUUAAAAAAAAAAAAAAGCACAGACACAGAGUCUGGGUGUUUAAUUGUGUAAAAACAGAUAUUCUAUGACAAUUGUAAAUGUUUAAAUAGACUGCAAUCAGUUUUGUUGGGUUUGUUUUUUAUCAUCAAUCAACAUUAUUACCGUAAUUUCCAGACUAUAGAGCACCGCUAAAUAUAAGCCGCGCCCACUUCAUUUUUGGACUAAUUAGAUUUUAGGCCGCAAAGGAUUAUUAUCUGCAGAUGUACACAUUCAAACAUGAAAGCAGGUGCUUGUGUUCACUCAUAAAUGUAACAAAAACAGGGCAUACAGUAGCCUACCGGAAAAGUCAUUGAGCGCUGCCUUGGUCGUUCUCAAGCUGGGGCCACUGGGGUCGUCUUCUUCAGUCUCAAAGUCGAUAUUUUUUUUCUUUUCAGUGCCGCCCUAAUACUCCAUUGUAACAAUAUUGAAAAGGAACAUAUGAAAGGCAAGAAAUGUUACAAUGAAGAAUGUGACUGGGAGGUUACCGACAUAACGAUACAUGUAGGUGUGUUUAACGCAGAUAUGUCGCCGAGCGCAUGCGCACGCAGGUGUGUAUGUGUGUGUGUGUGUGCGAUUUUAGCUCUUCAAAAUCCUCAGACUUUUUAUUUGUCCGUGUGUGUGAUUUCAAGAUUUCUACCACAGUCCUAUAAACGUCAUAUCUGAGUAAUGUACAGAUCUCGCUCCCUUUUUUAAUGACUCCUUUCAAAGUCUGCCUUCUCUGUCAGGUUUAGCUACUGAAAAAAAAAAGAAGAAAAAAAGCUGAAAGACGCGCGUCCUAUUUAGGGUGAGACACUAUUCCUUCGUCUUGCAAAUAGAAAAAGAAAACAAUCAUUUGCUCUCUUCUGGAUGAAAAGAGACAAGGGUCACUGCUUUUCCUUGUUCGUUUUAGCCCCUGGUCGGGCUGCAUUUAGCCCGGGCCGGUCUUAACUAGAUGAUUCAGAGCGGUGAAAUAUUUAUUAUGACUGUGAGAUUCCCUUGAAUGUACUGCACUUAAAUUACUGCGAUGUUUUAUUGCCUUGUGGGAUUCAAGAGAAAGAGGACAAAUUGGAUCAGUGCAGCAGACCUCUGGUCUUGAAACAAGCAUUUCUUUUGUCAGUGGAAUUUCAAUGCUAAAUUGAAUUUAUUAAAUAAAGAGACAAAUGGAGCUUUGUUGUGGGGGAAAUACUGGCAUCAGUCUAGAUUUAUGAAGUGCAAUUAUUAUGACUGUAUGAACAUUUUUUUCUCGAAGCUUACACCAAAAAAAAAUGUAAACUACAGUUGUCAAUACAUUCCCAAUGUACCACACUCUAAUCCCUAUCCUUUUUAUUUUUGUUUUGUUUUGAGGUGUAAAAUAAAUCUCUUUAAGAAUA